GUGAAUUUUACAGUAGAACAGAUCCGAGCGAUCAUGGACAAAAAGUCCAACAUCAGAAACAUGUCGGUGAUUGCUCAUGUUGAUCAUGGCAAGUCCACGCUUACAGAUUCCUUAGUGUGUAAAGCGGGUAUCAUCGCUUCUGCCAGGGCCGGUGAAACACGAUUUACUGACACACGGAAAGACGAGCAGGAAAGGUGCAUCACAAUCAAAUCUACGGCCAUUUCUCUCUACUAUGAGCUCUCAGAAAACGAUUUGGCCUUUAUCAGGCAAUCCAAAGAUGGCUCCGGUUUCCUCAUUAAUUUAAUCGACUCCCCUGGGCAUGUGGAUUUCUCCUCCGAAGUCACAGCAGCUCUUCGCGUCACUGAUGGAGCUCUUGUAGUCGUUGACUGUGUUUCAG